UUCCCUCCGCCUUCAACCCCGCUCUCUCUCUCUCUCUCUCUCUCUCUCUCUCUCUCUCUCACACACACAUAUACACGCGCACACAAGAAAAUUCUAGGGUUUCAAUUCUCUCUUUCCGAAACUCGCCUCCAUCCCCAAGAUUUCUGUAGCUUUCCGGAGGAAAGGCGGCUGGGGUUCGGAGAGAUGGAUUGCUUCUCCUUCAUCUUGCGGAUCGCCAUGCGUCGCUGGGCAACGGUACUCGUCGAAUAGGCCGCGCCGCCCGGCUCCACCGAUCGGUGCCAGGGUUUUGCAAGGUGGCCAUCGGGGUAGAGGCCUACCAUCCGGGGGGCGAUGACGACGGCCCGGUUGGGGAAGGGCUGAGUUAUCGGGCUUUGAAUCGAUGGCAUUGGGAGAUCUGAUGCCGUCCAGGUUGUCUGGGUCUUCGGCGUCCGUUUCGGACCAUUUGGAUGGAUUGUCCGGCGGGGAGGACGGGGCCGGGGCCGGGGAUGCGGCCUCGCAGAGGACCGAGCCUGAGGUGGCGGCCCCGGCAGGGGCCAACCUGGGAGUGAGGGCGUCUGGGGCGACGGCUACUGGCAUGGCUUACUUGCCCCACACGGUCGUGCUAUCCGAUUUCCGGCAUGAGGGCUUCGAGGAUUGUGCGGCGGUGGGGCCGUCCGACAAUGGUUUGGUGUCUAAGUGGCGGCCCAAGGAUCGGAUGAAGACUGGGUGUGUUGCACUUGUGUUAUGUUUAAAUAUUGGUGUUGAUCCACCAGAUGUUAUAAAAAUUUCUCCAUGUGCCCGAAUGGAGUGCUGGAUGGAUCCAUAUUCUAUGGCUGCUCCAAAGGCACUUGAGACAAUUGGGAAGGCAUUGCAAGUACAGUAUGAACGCUGGCAACCUCGGGCUCGUUAUAAACUUCAACUGGAUCCCACCGUGGAGGAAGUCAAGAAGCUUUGUAAUACCUGUCGCAAAUAUGCUAGGUCAGAAAGAGUUCUAUUUCAUUAUAAUGGACAUGGAGUACCGAAGCCUACAUCUAAUGGAGAAAUCUGGGUUUUCAACAAGAGUUACACACAAUAUAUUCCAUUGCCUAUCAGUGAGCUUGAUUCUUGGCUUAAAUCUCCUUCAAUAUAUGUUUUUGACUGCUCUGCAGCAGGGAUGAUCAUCAGUGCCUUUUUAAAGCGGCAAGAUUCGAACUCUUCUGGUGCUUCUGCCUCAUUUAAAGACUGUAUUCUGCUUGCUGCUUGUGAAGCUCAUGAGACUCUUCCACAGAGUGCUGAAUUUCCUGCUGAUGUUUUCACAUCAUGCCUUACAACUCCAAUUAAAAUGGCAUUGCGAUGGUUUUGUUCUCGCUCUUUAUUUCACGGAUCUCUUACCCAUUCUCUUAUUGACCAAAUUCCUGGCCGUCAAAAUGACCGAAAGACACUUCUGGGAGAGCUGAACUGGAUUUUCAUUGCUGUUACUGAUACGAUUGCAUGGAAUGUCCUACCUCAUGACCUUUUUCAGAGUCUGUUUAGGCAAGAUCUGUUAGUUGCUAGUCUCUUUCGCAAUUUUCUACUCGCUGAGCGAAUAAUGCGAGCUGCAAACUGUUCCCCAGUUUCUUAUCCAUUGUUGCCACCAACUCAUCAGCAUCAUAUGUGGGAUGCAUGGGACAUGGCUGCUGAGAUUUGCUUGUCUAAGCUCCCACAGCUGAUUGCUGAUCCAAAUGCUGAAUUUCAGCCAAGCCCUUUUUUCACCGAGCAACUGACAGCUUUUGAGGUGUGGCUGGAUCAUGGUUCCGAACAUAAGAAGCCACCAGAGCAAUUGCCAAUUGUUCUUCAGGUUUUACUAAGUCAAUCUCAUCGAUUCCGAGCACUAGUACUCUUAGGAAGAUUCCUUGAUAUGGGAGCUUGGGCUGUAGAUCUGGCUCUAUCUGUCGGGAUCUUUCCGUAUGUUUUAAAACUUUUACAAACUACUGCAAUGGAAUUGCGUCAAAUUCUUGUGUUCAUUUGGACCAAGAUUCUUGCUCUUGAUAAGUCUUGUCAAGUAGAUCUAGUGAAAGAUGGAGGCCAUGCAUAUUUUAUCAGAUUUCUUGAUAGCAUGGAUGCCUAUCCGGAGCAGCGAGCAAUGGCUGCUUUUGUUUUGGCAGUUGUUGUGGAUGGACAUCGGCGGGGACAAGAAGCAUGUAUUCAAGCAAAUCUGAUACAUGUUUGUUUGAAACAUUUGCAACUUGCUAAUCCAUGUGAUGGACAAACCGAACCUUUACUUCUUCAGUGGCUUUGUCUUUGCCUGGGAAAACUGUGGGAGGAUUUUCCAGAAGCGCAAAUUAUAGGUAUGCAAGCAGAUGGACCAGCAACAAUUGCACCUUUAUUGUCAGAGCCACAGCCCGAGGUCAGAGCUGCAGCUGCUUUUGCAUUGGGCACCCUUAUUGACGUUGGAUCUGUCUCAUUUGGUGAUGGACAUGGAGGUGAUGAGGACUUUGAUGAUGAUGAAAAAAUAAAAUCUGAGCUGAAUAUUGUUAGAAAUCUUCUACAAGCUGCUGGGGAUGGGAGUCCCUUGGUUAGGGCUGAGGUCGCUGUAGCUCUUGCCCGCUUUGCCUUUGGUCAUAACAAGCAUCUGAAGUCAAUUGCUGCUGAAUACCUGAAGCCUCAGUCUAACUCCCUUCUGAGCUCCUUGCCAUCUUUGGCUAAUGUUAAUAAUUUUAGUGGCUAUUGUCCCAGUCAACUGAUGCAGGUAGGAAGCACCAUUUCCUCACGUAUUGGUCCUGUAUUGAGAAGUAGUAGUGACAGCACUGCUGCUGGUCGAGAUGGUAGGAUAUCGACAAGUAGUCCCAUUGCAUCAACUGGUAUGAUGCAUGGUUCUCCACAAUCUGAUGAUUCUUCUCAUCAUUCUGACUCUGGUAUAUUGAUAAAAGAAACUACUACUAAUGGGAUCAUCAAUUGCUCUAGAUCAAGAACUCUUGACAGUGCUCUAUAUUCUCAGUUUAUUUUGGCCAUGUGUAAUAUCGCAAAGGAUCCAUCUCCUCGUGUUGCGAACCUUGGCCGAAGAACACUCUCUAUAAUUGGUAUUGAACUAGUGGUUGCAAGAACUGCAAGGUAUGGUGGUGGGGGUAUACACCAAGGAGAUUCUUCAGCUCCAUCUCAGUACUCUAAUCUUUCUGGAUUGGCUCGCUCAUCUUCAUGGUUUGACUUUAAUGCCGGUCAUUUAUCAAUGACAUUCCGGACACCUCCUGUUAGCCCUCCUAAGCAAAAUUAUCUGACAGGAUUGCGCCGAGUGUGCUCUUUAGAGUUCAGGCCACACCAACUAAAUUCUCCAGAUACUGGAUUAGCUGAUCCACUUAUAGGGGCUGUUGGAUCUUCUGAGAGUUCUGAACGUAGCUUACUUCCACAGUCAAUUGUUUACAAUUGGAGUUGUGUUCAUUUUUCAAGGCCACUUCUCGCUGGCACUGAUGACAGUGAAGAAACUGUUGCUAGGAGAGAAGAAAGAGAGAGAAUGGCUUUGGAUGGUAUAGCCAAAUGUCAACACUCUUCUAAUUGUAAACUUGGUAAUCAAAUUGCUAGCUGGGAUACCAAGUAUGAAACAGGCACGAAGGCUGCAUUACUCUUGCCUUUUUCUCCUUUUGUGGUCGCUGCUGAUGAGAAAGAACAAAUCAGGGCUUUAAUAUUGGGUCAUGGCUUUCCUGUGUGUGUAUGCGCGUCGCUUUCCUUGCGUUACUCAAUGGAUCUGUUGAUGUGGGUAUGGAAUUAUGAAGAAGCUACUCUUUUGAACUGUUUUGAUAAUCGUGAGUCAUCUGAUAGAGGAAUAUCUAAACUGUGUCUUGUGAAUGAGCUUGAUGACAGUUUGCUUCUAGUUGCUUCUAGUGAUGGAAAUGUUUGCUUUUGGAAAAAUUACACCAUGAAGGGGAAGCAGAAACUUGUGACAGCAUUUUCUGCCAUGCAAGGUCAUCGGGCUGCUGUUCGUGGCACAAAUGUAGUCGUGGACUGGCAGCAGCAAUCUGGUUAUUUGUAUGCUUCGGGUGAGAUAUCAUCAAUCCUGGUUUGGGAUAUGGAUAAAGAGCAACUUGUCAGCUCUAUUCCAUCAUCAUCUGACAGUAGCAUAUCAGCACUGUCUGCUUCCCAAGUCCACUGGGGUCAUUUAGCAGCUGGCUUUGUUGAUGGUUCAGUAAGAAUAUUUGACAUUCGCGCUCCUGAAAUGCCUGUUUGCACUGCUAGACCACAUACCCAAAGGGUGGAAAGAGUUGUUGGGAUUGGUUUUCAACCUGGAAUUGAUCCGACCAAGAUUGUCAGUGCAUCUCAAGCUGGGGAUAUACAAUUUUUGGAUAUAAGAAAUCAAACUGAGCCAUAUCUCACUAUCGAUGCACAUAGGGGCUCUCUUACUGCAUUGGCAAUUCAUCGCCAUGCUCCAAUCAUUGCAAGUGGCUCAGCCAAGCAGAUAGUUAAGGUCUUCAGCCUAAGAGGAGAGCAACUAAGCAUCAUCAGAUACUAUCCUACAUUUAUGGCUCAGAGAAUUGGUUCUGUUAGCUGCCUCACUUUCCAUCCAUACAAAGUACUCCUUGCUGCUGGUGCAGCCGAUGCCUGUGUUUCCAUUUAUGCAGAUGACAGCUACCAAGCAAGAUAACCGUAUGCUGUGGGUUUUCAUUUAGAACAUUUGACAUCUAACCAAGGAACAUGGAUCUGGCAACCAGACAAACUGAGUGAGCUGAUAACUGCAGCUAUACUACAGAUCAUCAGAUUUUGGGGUACAUAAACCUCUGGCCCUGCAUGUGAAAUUUGUAUCUUACAGCGUUCAUUAGCCUCCUCCUCAGAGGGUCACACCUCACCCGAAUUCCUGCAUCGCUGCUGGAGGCUCCCACAAAUAAUCAUACCUAGGUAAAAAGAUGUAAAUAAUUUCUUUAUUUGAAUGGUUCUCUUUUUUAUUUAUUUUCUUUUCUUUUGCUCAGUUUGUAAAAGUGCAUAAUUUUCAUAUGAUAAAUUAAGUACAGGUGGCUCUUGGGGCUGGGUUUGUGA